UCACCGUGGCAGCCGUAGUGCGGCCCGCGGGCUGUAGUGAAGGGCUUGCGGUGAUGGACGAUAAGGUCCCGCCAGCGGUUUGGGACCUUCCCGUGUCCUCAGGGUCGAGCUCUGAGGCGGAUGUGCUGAGGCUGGAGAGGCCCCGGUGCUGAGGUCGGCUGUGGCCGCGCUGGCAGCUCGAAGGCGCCCCGUCGCUGUGCCUAAGUGUGGGCAUGGAAGUGGCUCUGCUCGGCGGGGUGGGGCUGCACCUUUCCCCUGGGCUGAGACGGCGAUGGCUCUGCCGGUUGGAUUGUGGAUGUCAUGUGCCCAUCCCUGCCGCGGAUGGUGCCGGCCAUGCUGGGGCUCCCUCGUUCCUGGACUUGGGCUUGGGCGGUGGCUUUGAUAGUGCCUGUGCUCACAGCCCUGUUCUUUUUGUCCCAGCCUAACAGCUGUGAAACUGGGAUCCGUCCCUGGACAGACCUGGAUGUGGUGGUCAUGGAACGACUUCAGGCAGCCCCAACCCAGCAGGAUCGACGUGUUGUACUGGCAGAGGUCCUGCCGGGUCCCUCUGUCCUUCUGGAUGCCUAUGAGGCGGCUGUGGAACUGGGCCAGGAGUUAGAGCUGGCCCCAGGGCCGCUCUCAGCCCUGCUGCGCAUCGUGCGUUGUGCCAUCACCAUGUGCACCCAGACACCCCUGCCUGAUGUGGAGGAGUGCUAUGCCUACUUCAGCGAGCUGCUGCUGUGCCAUGCUGUGCAUCAUCCUCCGGUCAGUGUGGCUGUAUUUGGGCUGACCCAGGUUGCCCGCAUCACAGCCCACCUCUUUGGAACUGUCCUUCGGCACGCCAAGCUUUAUGCCUACGUCCUUACGCCCGAGGCUUGCCUUGACUUGACCCUGGUUUAUGUGGAUAGCCCCGAGCAUGGCCCAGAGGGACAGAUGCCUACCACCCUCCCCGAGGAGCAAGGAGAGACCACUGGGAAUCCCAGCACAGAGUCUCUGUUACAGGAGGCAGCAGUACCUGAGCUAAUGCAGGUUCCUGCAGAGAUGCAUUUGAGUAAAGAGGAUGUCUCUGUGUCUCCCCGGGCCUCCCCUAGGAGCAAGAAACACCUUAGAAGACCUCGGGGAUCCCGCCAAGGAAAUAAAAGGCCUUAGACUGUGCCUUAGCAUCCCUGUUAUCUCUGGAACCCAUUAUAUUUGCAUUGCUUAUUUGACCUGUUUUUGUGCUGUUGCACAAACAGAAAUGCCUGCAGAAUUGGCAUGAAGAACCGCACACAUCAGUAUAGGUUAGGGGAUGACCUGCUGGAGAGGAUCUCUACAGAGAAGGACCUGGGUGUCCUCGUGUCCAGCAGGGUGAUCAUGAGCCAGCAGUGUGCCUUGGUGGCCGAGAAUGACAAUGGGACCCCAGGGUGCAUUGCCCGGAGCUGGGCAACUGGCUGUAUGGAACUGCUUUAUUGGGGUGGCUAACGUGGUCUGCGGAGGUCUGCUCCAACCCCUACGAUUCUGUGAUUAUGUGAUCAGACGCAAUGGGUCCCUGUGGGGCUCUGUGGCGCUCCCUGUGCUCUGUGGGGCCCUAUGGUUCCCAGUGCCCCACAUCCUCUCUGCCCAGCCCCGUCAGGCUCUGCCCACCCACUUGUGUCCCCGCCCCUUGUCACGAUAGCCCCACCCUUUAGGGGGGAGCUUGUGGGGGAGGGGAGGUACAUGGCACUGCACCGUGGCUCCGCCCACAUCUCCCCAUGGUCCCUUGCCCCAAGUCUCCCCAUAGACCCUAUAGUGUUCCACACCUUUCUCAGCCCCAUAGCACAUUCAGACUGCUUCCCCACAACACCCCAUAGCAGCCCCGUAGCAUUCCUUGGCCCCACAGCAGCCCCACACCUCCCACAGUCCCAUGAUCCCACCCUCCUCUCCACAGCCAAUAGGAGGAGGGGCGGUGUCCCGGCCACCACCAUAAUUGGGGAUGGGGAGGAACGUCGACGAGUCCCGUGGAGGGUGAGGUCACAGUAAAGAGAGCCACAGCCUACAUAGCCCUGUAGAGUCCUAUGGCACCAUAGAGCCCUAUAGUGCCCCAUAGAGACCCAUAGCGUACCCCCAAGAAAGCAAAGUCAGAGGGGAUGCUGCAGCAAAAAGCAUUUAAUCCUGCCCAUAGCUUGGAGCUGAGGGCAGAGGGAAAUGUAUACAUCCCACAGAUUACACUAUACCAGGGGUGGGGGGACACCAGAACUUGCAGGGCAGGAGCUGGGGCUGGAGGACUAAAAGCCUCCAUCAAGAUGAAGAAUGGAUGUCAUAGGAUUGGAGGAGCUGCCCCAGAGCGUGGAAAUGCAAUCUGUAGAUCUGGAUCCUUCUUGAGACCCACUGAUAGAUUUUGAGGGUUGAAUGAUGGAUUUUGGAGAUCUGGUGAUGGAUUUUGGUGGUCCUUGUUCUCAACCAUCAUCUCAUUGUCCUCAGAAACCCCUGGUACCUCCCAAAAAUUCUCUUCCUCUUCCUCGUCCUCUUCUUCUUGCACUUCCUCCUCCUCCUCGUCCACCGCCUCCUUUUCUCCCUCCUUGUGCUGUGGCCAUGCCACAGGGCCACCACCUCCAGUCUUUGGUGGCCACUGUGACAACCUGUAGAGCCCCCCUUGUGUUUUGGGGGGCUGUGGAAUGUACUCUGAACAUUGAGGACCCCCCAGGUUUGGCCCACACGUGGCACUGUAUCUGAAUCUCAGGUCGCCACCUCCUGGGAAACACACAACGUUGCGCUGCUGUUUGCCUGUAGCCUGCACCGGUACUUCGCACACCCCUAAGCGGUGGUCAUUCCACCCAUAAUCCUGAUCCCACACCUCCAGCUUCAUCUUUUGAUGCGGGUGCAGUGUCACCCACCCCAAAUCGAACUGUGCACCCCACUUGGGCUGAUUGUUGUUCCACACCGUCGCUGUCCGUAGCCGCUGACCAUUGAAGUACAGCAGCACAUACGCAUCGGUUGCGGUGAAAAUGUCACCGUGCCACCCCCUGCCCUCCUGCACUGUCACUGUCACCUGUGCCAUCCCGCGGUGUUUGGAACAGCAGUCGGCAUUGACCACGCUGUUGGCUGCACACCCGCACUGACACAACCCAACCAUGCCGUGAGCGGCGCACUGUUGGCUGCAGUUCGCCCUCAAUGCUCUCCAUGUGAUGUAGUGACCGAUGGCCGCCUUCAGUGCUCCCCGGCGUGGGUCCUGGCGGGGCAGCAAGGUGUGCAGAGGCCUGACGUUAGAGGCAACCAACCCAGGCAGGCGUUGCAGGGAUCUCAACCACUCGGCAUAGUUCUGUGAUGCGCCGUAGAGGAGGUCGCCAUGUUGCUCGCCACCUUCCACCUCCA